AUGGAUCUUUUCUUCAAUUCGGCUAGCGACAGCGGCUGGCGACAGCGGCUAGCGACAGCGGCUGGCGACAGCGGCUGGCGACAGCGGCUGGCGACAGCGGCUAGCGACAGCAGCUGGCGUCAGCGGCUGGCGACAGCGGCUAGCGACAGCGGCUGGCGACAGCGGCUGGCGACAGCGGCUAGCGACAGCGGCUGGCGACAGCGGCUGGCGAUAGCAGCUAGCGACAGCAUCUGGCGACAGCGGCUAGCGAUAGCAGCUAGCGACAGCGGCUGGCGACAGCGGCUAGCGACAGCGGCUGGCGACAGCGGCUAG